AUGUUCCUGUGUCUUAUCGGCGUCUUUGUUGUUCCGUACUUCCUCGGAGGUACAAAGGACAUUGCUGAAGGCGUCCAAGGGAUAUGGAACAUGGAUUGGGAACUUGACGACGACGACGAAAACAAAGACGUUGAUGACGACAAUACCAACGACAACGAUGACAAGACCAAUGACGACGACAUUAUUACCAACGACGAUGCCCAGACCAACGACGACGAUGACAAGACCAAUGACGACGACAAUACCAACGACCACGAUGACAGGACCAAUGACGACGACAAGACCAACGACGAUGACCAGACCAAUGACGACGACAAUACCAACAACAACGAUGACAAGACCAACGACGACGACAAGACCGAAGACGAGGAAGACUAUCAGGAGGAGGUUAAUGAAAAGGACGAUGCAGAGGAAGAAGAACAGGAAGACGACAAGGUAGAACACCAGGAGACGGAAAAGAAAAAGUUCGAAGAGGAGGAAGGCGGACAGAAGGAAAAUGAAGAGGACGAGGAGGAAGACCACGAAAAGGAAGAAGACGGAGACUUGACUGACGUGAUCGCCAAUGUCCUUAUUACGGAAAUCACUGGAAGGUCGAGUCACGACAAUACCGAAUCAGAGACCUCGAACGCAGCUAGUGUCGACGUGACCCAUCCGCAGGAGGUAAAGACACUUCCUCAGAAGGAGAAAAUGGAACUCAAAUUCACUGAUGGGGAUUUGUACGAGUUCCAACUGUCCCUGAAAGAGAGACUGAUCCUCCGAAAAUUACAGAACGAGGUCCAAGAAUUCACGAAAUUCUACAAUGUCCGCCUCAUCCUUCCCGACGGCGACGUCCAGGAGGCCGCCUUUCUAGAGGGCGCUGAAAAUCGAGUGCAAAUGGCCUUCCUGCACAUUCAGGAGAUCCUGGACGAGUUUGAAAGGGAAGGACAUGACGUCGAUAUGGAAGAGCUUUCUCUUCAUCAGGAGACAGAGGAAGACCACAGGCAGGAAGUCCAGCAGAAUGACAAUAUAUUAUGUUUUGCAGAUGCACUCAAAAGGAAGCCCGAACAGCCUGUGGUUAAGCAUCCAACGUAUGUUAUUGUGCGACGUCGAACUCUUCCACUCAUCGAGGAAUUACCACUAGAAGACUACGAUGAGGAUGACAGUAUGGAAGAGAUGAACUAUUCAGAAUUUGAUGACGAAGACGACUGGGAUUUCGAGGACGAGGAGGACGAUUGGGAUCUCGAGGAACCCAGGCACAAAGUCAUAGUCGGUAUAUCUCUUCGAGAGGCCCCCGAGGAGGAGGGCAAAGGAGGCAUGACACGAAGACUUGUGCCUAAAACUUUGCGUACAAGGGAAAACGAACUCCCUCUCGAAGAGAAGGCAGAGGACAAGACUCUACCAACACAAGAGGAGGAAAAGGUUCCUCUUGAGGAUAAACAGGAAGAAGAACAUUUCACUCAAGAAGUAACAACGGAAAAAGAAGCUACAAAAGGAGACGCUGAAGAGUGUGUUCUUCCUCAGGAAGGAGUAGAGGAAAAUACUUGUCCACAGGAAGAAGAGGAAUGUGUUCUUCCUCGAGGGGAGAAGGAGGAAAGUUCUCCCAUCGAGAUUAGUAUUAAAGAAGAACAAAAUGAUGGCAAACAUGAAGAAAUGAAACCAGUGACUCGAGAAGACGACGAAAGUGGACGUCAGGAAGCAGGAGGGAAGAAGACGUUCGCUAACAUAGUCAAGAUUAUUCCUGAGAAGAACUUGGAAAAACAAGAAUUUACCGCCUGUCCCUGUAAACACCCGUGA